AUGAAACUAUCAAUAUUUGUAGUGAAAGAGUUUGAAAUUGUAAUUGAUAUCCUGUAUGUUCGGGACGCCGGCGGAUCCAUGGUCAUCCACACUUUCGGAGCAUAUUACGGUCUGACAAUAUCGUGGAUUCUUUAUCGACCGAAACUAAGCAAGAGUCUGAACGGAUCGGUCUACCACUCUGAUGUCUUUGCUAUGAUUGGCACCCUCUUCCUCUGGAUGUUCUGGCCCAGUUUCAACUCUGCCAUCGCAGAUCAUGGAGACGGACAACAUCGGGCCGCCAUAAACACCUACCUUGCUCUGGCUGCUUCAGUCCUUACUGCAUUUGCCAUAUCAAGCCUUUCAGCCAGAAAGGGAAAACUGGACAUGGUGCAUAUACAGAAUGCAACUCUGGCUGGGGGAGUCGCCAUGGGAACAGCGGCCGAAUUUAUGAUCUCACCGUACGGUUCUCUCAUCGUGGGCUUCAUCUGCGGGAUAAUCUCCACAUUUGGCUACCUGGUGAUCACUCCCUUCAUGGAGAAGUACCUGAAGAUUCAAGACACAUGUGGCAUCCAUAACCUGCACGCCAUGCCCGGCGUCCUGGGAGGAGUUGUGGGUGCCAUCACAGCGGCUACUGCCAGUGAGAGCGUCUACGGACAUGAAGGGUUGGUAAACACCUUCGAUUUUAAAGAGAAAUACGCUGAGAGGACUCCUGCCACGCAAGGAGGCUUCCAGGCCGCCGGUCUUUGUGUUGCUCUUGCUUUUGGAAUCGUAGGUGGAGCGAUAGUAGGUUUUAUUCUGAGACUGCCGUGCUGCUGGGGAGACCCGUCCGAUGAAAACUGCUUUGAUGAUGAGGUGUACUGGGAGGUGCCUGAGGACGAGGAGAGCAUCCUUCCCAUUCUAGAGUACAACAGCCACAUGGUCGGCAAAAAUACAGACAUGAUGUCAGAGUCUAACUUCACUGUUGAACAGAGCUAA